AUGAAAACAACAAUAGUUAUUUUAUCUUUGAUGAGUUUUCUUCUCGUUCAGAGUGCACCAUUACCAGAACAAACUAUAGCGGAAAAAGCACAAGAGGCAUUUGAUACGUUCAAGGAGCGAGCGCAAGAGGCCUUAGAGUACGCUCAAGAGACUGCAAGCAAAGCUAUUGAAUCAGCUCGAAAUAAAUUGCAAGAAAUUAUGGACUCUGCUCAAGAAACAGCCAAACAGGGAGUGGAAAAUGGUCAAGAACUAUAUGAAUCUGGAAAAAAUUACAUUGCUGGGUUAAAAAAUGCUACCGAGCAAUUGGAAAAACAGACCUCUUAA